CUGCGCGGUCGGUCAACGGUAAUUUAGUUCAGGAGUAGCUAACGGUUGUUAAAUAUUUGUGGUGUUUGUUGUGCCGGUUUUUAGGUGCUGCGCGAAAUUCAUUUAGGGAGCGGCGGUGACGUGCUUAUCUACAUACAUACAUGCAUAUGURAUUUGCAAAGAAUAUUCUUUGUUCGUGCCGUAUUUGGUUUAAAUUUGUUGUAAAAUAUAACCACAGAAUAAAUAUACAAAUAAACAGCAGUGAAGUUAGCAAGCAGUGUGCAAAAGUGAACAUGUGAAAUUUAACCAAAUACAAAUUAGUUGUAUAUAUAAAGUCUUGUAUGCAUAAAGUGUUUUAUCAUUUUUACUUAAGUAUUUACUUAAUUGUACUUAUUGCCUUGAAUGCAACACACUACUUUUGUCCAUUGUUGUUGUUUAAAAUAAUUUUGCGCAAAUCACGGCGUGGUCAAUGUGCUCUGUCAUCGUGUUACACAACAUUUGACUUUUGCUUGAAGAACACUUGGUGUUUGACAGUUUGAUUCAYAGCAAAGGAAGGCGAAAAUUGAAGCCAGAUCUGCUGGUAAUUAUUUUGUGUUCAUUCGAAUAUUUUGCUAGUAGAAUUGGUGCGCUAAUUUUGACCAAAUAUAACAAGUGUUGAGUUUUUUGCGAAACUCAGUGUACAAUCUUCAGUUCAGUCAACAGUUACCUUCGCGCUGCAGACGUGCUUAUCACCGUUUUCAUUCGUUAUUUUAGUGUACUACGUUUGCUAUAGAGCAGAAUGGACAGUUCCCGUAAGCCAGAAAGAAUCAAUCCUCGGCGUCAUGCAAAUAUACUGUCGCAAAUACUUUUCGUUUGGGCUAUGCCGCUGCUCUUUAAGGGCGCCAAAAAUGGCUUGAACACAGAUGAUCUCACCAAGUGUAUGCCAAAAGAUAGCUCAGAGGAUUUAGGAGAUCGCUUGGAAGAAAAAUGGUAUGCUGAAGUKGAGCGAGCACGUUGCAAGGGCCGUAAACCACUGCUACGUAAUGCCAUUCUGCGCACAUUUUGGGUGUCCGCAGUUGUGGAUGGCGUAAUAUCAUUAAUUUAUAUUGUCAUUAAAUCACUCAUACCCGCUGUGUUGGCGCAAUUAUUGAUGCAAUUUCAAAAGCAAGUGUCACUCUCUUCAAAUCGCUCAGCGAAUGCAACAACAACAGCCACUGAUAUAGUGAAUGAGACAAGCCGAGCGAUACGGUCCAUUGAUGCAGCCGUGAAAAGCAUGUCUUUGUUGUCGGCUGAUGUUGGUGAUGUGGCUGCUGGAAAUGCUGGAGGAGCAUCAUCUAACAUCCUCGACGUCGCCGGAAAAUCUGCAACAGAUAAAUUUUUSUUUGCCGAUAAUACAACUGAGCAACCUGUAUUCAGUGACAUCGAAGAUCCACUAUGGUUUGCAUUCAACGAUAUUUAUUGCUUGGGCACUAUUUUGGUAACAUCCACAUUGCUGGGUUGUUUUCUUAUACAUCAUGUGGAUUUGAGGCAGCGUUUGUUGGGCGCACGCAUGCGCAUCGCUUGUUGCUCGCUGAUUUACAGAAAGACACUUCGCCUCUCAAUGCGCUCCGCUGGCCAAACUCCUGCCGGUUAUCUAAUCAAUUUGCUCUCGAACGACGUUAAUCGUCUUGACUACGGUUUCAUCUACAUGCACUGGAUCUGGAUAAUGCCAUUGAAUGCCAUGCUAAUUUGCUAUCUCAUUUGGCUACGCAUUGGUUGGGCAGCAGUUGUGGGCGUGGUCGGUCUACUACUUAAGACCAUACCCGUACAGACCGGUCUCAGUAAAUUGGCUUCCAAGUUGCGUAUGAAAAUCGCCGAACGUACCGAUGCACGUGUCGGCAUCAUGAACGAAUUGGUGCAGGGUAUACAGGUGAUCAAAAUGUAUGCAUGGGAAAAACCCUUUCAGGCUGUAGUCGGCGAGGCGCGUCGUCGUGAAAUCAAGCAAAUUCGUUAUGCAUCAUAUUUACGUGGCUUCUAUUUGAGUACGAUGGUGUUUACGGAACGUUCCACACUCUAUAUAACCAUUGCAGCGGCUGUGCUAAUGGGUAAUCAAAUUUCAGCCGAUAUUGUUUUCUCUGCGGCCAGUUAUUAUAAUAUAUUGCAAUUGGUCGCCGCCAUUUGGUAUCCGCUUGCUGUGUCUUUCGGUGCUGAGGCAUUAGUCUCACUAAAUCGUGUCGAAACCUUCCUGCAGCAGGAGGGACACGACGACAAGGCACAUGGGCUGACGCAUAAAAAAGAUGCCAAAACGAGCGAAAGCAGCGCCGCCAAUGCCAUUGUACUCAAACAGGUGAAUGCGAAUUGGGAUCUGACGAAACCGCAGCAUACCCUACAGGAUAUCAAUUUGGAAAUAAAGCGUGGCCAGUUGUGCGCUGUUAUUGGUCCCGUGGGUGCAGGCAAGAGUUCAUUGCUACAGCUGCUAUUAGCCGAACUGCCAAUCACAGAUGGCGAAGUUGUCAUACAAGGCGAACUCUCUUAUGCCGCUCAGGAGCCUUGGCUGUUCACCGGCACUGUGCGCAAUAAUAUACUCUUUGGCGAGCCUUACGAUCGCAAGCGUUAUAAUGAGGUAACGAAGUGCUGUGCGCUUUCGACCGAUUUCCAGCAGCUUAGUAAUGGCGAUAAGACAAUUGUAGGCGAGCGCGGCGCAUCACUGUCGGGUGGUCAACGUGCGCGUAUAAGCUUGGCACGUGCGGUUUACAAACCAGCUUCCAUUUAUUUGCUCGAUGAUCCGUUAAGCGCCGUCGAUGCACACGUCGGUCGUCACCUUUUCGACGAAGUACUUGGACCACGCGGUCGUUUGGCCACUGAAAAGGCCACACGUGUGCUGAUUACCCAUCAAGUGCAUUUCUUGACCGAAGCCGAUUGGAUUGUGAUCAUUGAAAAUGGWCGAAUCUCACGGCAGGGUACCUACGAGGAGCUGUCGAAAAGUGAUCUAGAUUUUGCCAAAUUACUUGAACGCAUAAAGGAGGAAGAUGAAGCGCUCGAGAGUGAGAACGAAUCGAUUUUAUCACAUGAAACCACCUAUGAGGAUGAGGAAAUUCCUUACAUUGACGGUGUGCGUGAUGGUUAUCAACCGCUGCGUCGUACCAGUCGUAGCAGUCGCAACAGCGCUAAUAAUGAUGGUUCGCUAACGAGAAAAUCGGCAAGUUUGGCUUUGAGCUCUGAACAGGAUCUCUCCGAUGAUUCUGGUUUGGCGGAGGACCAAGCGRAAGGCGGUGUCUCCGGACGYGUUUGGUGGGAAUAUUUCCGCGCUGGCAGCGGUGUAUGCGGUCUAGUCUUUAUGACCUGCGUCAUGUUGUUGUCACAAGUGGUUUGUAGCGGUUCGGAUUAUUUCGUAAAUAUUUGGACGCAACAAGAAUACUUGCGUUCGCUCAGUAAGCCCACGACCUUCACCACCUUUGAGUGUUUGUAUAUAUACGGCGCACUCAUCRUCGCCGUUGUUCUGAUGACCGUAUUUCGUGGCUAUCUCUUCUUCAAAGUCUGUAUGCAUGCCUCCAAAGUGCUGCACGAUCGCAUGUUCGGCUGCAUACUCCGUGCAACAAUGCGUUUCUUCGACACCAAUCCCUCGGGUCGCAUUCUAAAUCGUUUCUCCAAGGAUAUGGGCGCCAUUGAUGAGUAUCUACCCAAAUCUAUUAUGGACUUCAUACAAAUCUCUUUGGUUAUGUUUGGCAUAUUGAUUGUGAUCUGUGUCGUCAAUCCCAUUCUGCUGUUGGCCAUUUUAAUUGUAGCCAUAGUUGAUUAUUGGAUUUUACAGUUAUAUUUGCGUCCUUCGCAGGACCUUAAGCGCUUGGAGGGCAUUUGUCGUAGUCCAGUCUUCUCUCAUCUCUCCGCCUCACUAUCCGGCAUUGCGACUAUACGCGCACGUGAAUUACAAGAUAUUGUCAUAAAGGAGUUUGACAGUCUACAGGAUGUGCAUAGCGCCGUCUGGCAACUGACAAUGGCUGCAAAUACGGCAUUGGGCUUGUGGUUGGACUGUGUCAGCUGUUGCUUUCUUGCCUCGGUGACAUUUAGUUUUUCGUUAAUGGGAACUCAAACCUUCAGCGGCAACGUAGGUUUGGCCAUCUCUCAAGCCAUGAUACUCACCGGCAUGGUGCAGUAUGGCGUACGCCAAGUAGCGGAAUCUCUACAACAGAUGACUAGCGUGGAGCGCGUACUCGAAUAUACUGAUCUGGAACAAGAAUCGGAAAUUAAGAAACAACCACCGCCCACUUGGCCCACACACGGGCAAGUUGAAUUUAAGGAUCUAUCACUACGUUACGAUCCCAACAAUCCACCAGUGUUGAAACACUUGAAUAUCACAAUCGAACCCAGUUGGAAGGUGGGCGUGGUUGGACGCACUGGUGCCGGUAAGAGUUCGCUUAUUGGUGCRCUCUUCCGUCUCUCGCAGCUGGAAGGUGACAUCAUGGUCGAUGGCAUUGAAACCGGCAGUAUUUCGCUGGAGGCAUUGCGUUCGAAAAUUUCAAUUAUACCACAAGAUCCGGUGCUAUUCUCCGCCACCAUACGCUACAACUUAGAUCCGUUCGAUAAGUAUGGUGAUGCUGAUUUGUGGCGCGCGCUGGAGGACGUCGAGCUGAAGGGCGCCAUACCCGGCUUGGAUUAUAUGGUGACACAACGCGGCAGCAACUUCAGUGUGGGUCAACGUCAGCUGUUGUGCUUAGCGCGCGCCAUUUUGCGCAACAAUAAAGUGCUCGUGUUAGAUGAGGCCACCGCCAAUGUGGAUCCACAAACCGAUGCGCUCAUCCAAACCACCAUUCGUACCAAAUUCAGGCAUUGCACUGUGUUAACUGUGGCUCAUCGUCUACACACCGUUAUGGAUUCAGAUCGGAUUCUCGUGAUGGAUGAUGGUCGUGCACGCGAAUUCGAUAUACCRCACUUGCUGCUGAAGAAGCAAAACGGCGCUUUGCGUCAGAUGGUCGAUGCUACRGGCGCCGAGGCAGAAUCACUUAAGAAAAUCGCCAGCGAGUCAUACAAUAUGAAGCAACGCGCUUAAAUGUGCCUGCAGCUGUUUUGUAAUAGUUCUAAUUGAAAACACGACACGUUAACGGUGCUAAAAAGUGACAGUUUUUAAAUAGCGACGUGCUCAAAAAUUGAUUUUACGCAUGCGUAGUUAAUGCGAAUGUACAAUAUAAGUGAAACUAACUGCCUUUAUAUAAGAAUAGCAUAGUUUUUAGGGAAUUUUUUAACUAAUGUGACUAGCUUAUUAUAUGAGGGGACACUUUAAUAUAAAAUAAAAAAUUACAUACACAUGUACAAACAUACAUACAUACGUACAUAUGURCUAAAGAA